AUGCCAUAUGAGCCUUUAAGAAAUGAUAACAUGAAAAUGACACUAAGAGACUGGAGGGAAGCCCUCGAAUCACCGCCCAGUUACCGGAUCGGUAAAAGAAAUGUGAGAAUUCAGACAAAGUACAUUAUGUUGCCAAAACCUAGUCCUAAUGAUAAGUACAUUAAUUAUAAUUCUUUUACACUACCUAAACCAAGUAUGCAAGUUGGAUAUAAUUCUGUGUACAAAGAGUUUUCUUACAAACAGUAUAAUAAUACAUAUCCUUUAACGCGUCCAAUUAGAACGGCAAAGGGAUUAACGUUCAGAAUAGCAAUGAUCAGUGAUUUAGAUAUUGAUUCUAAAUCAAAAUUAGAACCAGAUGUAUGGUUCUCAUAUUUACAAAAAGGUUACCUUGAAUGGAAUCCAUCUUUAAAUUCUGUUUAUGUUACAUGGGAUAAAUCGACAGUACAGUUAAAAUCAUCUUUAAGUCAAGGAGGAAGAGGUAUGGAGUUGUCAGAACUACUUGUUUUUAAUGGAAAACUAUACACAUUGGAUGACAGAACAGGUGUUGUAUAUGAAAUUAUUAAAAAUGAUGUAGUUCCUUGGGUUAUAUUGCCAGAUGGUGAUGGUAAAACGAGGAAAACUUUUAAAUCCGAGUGGGCUAGUGUAAAAGAUCAAACUUUAAUCGUUGGUGGAUUUGGUAAAGAGUGGACAAAUUCUGCUGGAAAGGUGCUUAAUUACAAUCCUCAAUGGAUAAAAAAAGUUACAGUUAAUGGUGAAGUUACUCAUAAAAACUGGAGGGAAAAUUAUUUAGCUCUUUUAAAAGCUGUAGGCAUAUCAUAUCCAGGAUAUAUGAUUCACGAAUCAGGUGUAUGGAGCGACAUACAUAAAAAAUGGUUUUUUUUGCCUAGGAGAUGUUCUAAAGAAGUUUAUAGGGAAGAAACAGAUGAAUUAAUGGGUACCAAUUUAUUAAUUACAUGUGAUGAAAAUUUUAAAAAUAUAAAAGUAUUAAAAAUAGGAGAUGUUUAUCCAUCUCACGGGUUUUCUAGUUUUAAAUUUAUACCUGGUAGCGAAGAUGAGGUUAUAAUAGCAAUAAAGUCGGAAGAAUUAAAAGGUUCAGUGUCUAGUUAUGCUAUGGCAUUUAAAAUAAAUGGUAAAAUUCUAAUGCCAGAAACUAAAAUAGGUGAUAUUAAAUUUGAGGGCAUAGAAUUUAUUUAG